AUGACUAUAGGACACACCAUCGAGGGAAUGUUUGAAACCGACCGCCUGCGCCUUCGUGGAACCAGCGUGCUCGACGGUGCCUCCAUCCUGAGGCUAUACAACGACCCCCUCGUCACGCCAUGGAUAACCGUCGGCUUCCGCACCGCGCGGCACGAGAGCGAGACCGGAGAGCUCAUCAAGCAGACCGAAAACGCGCUCAUGGGGUGCAUUAUCGAGGAGAAGGAAACUGGAGCCUUCGUCGGCCUGACGGGGUUCAUGCCCUUGCGCGCUGGGGAGACACGCAACCGCACAGUGACGGUGUACAUUGGGCUGAUGCCCGAGUUCUGGGGCAAGGGGUAUGCCUACGAGGCGAUGGCGUAUGUGGUCGGGUAUGCCUUUUGGGACAUGGGCAUGCAUAGGGUGGGGUUGUCGGUUUUCGAGGGAAAUGAGAGGGCGGUGGCGCUUUACCGAAAACUGGGGUUCGUCGAGGAAGGACGUGAUCGCAAGGCGAUAUGGAUGCAAGGCGGGUGGCGGGACCUCAUCCGGAUGGGGAUCAUCGAGGACGAAUGGCGGGAGUGGAUAAAGAAGAAUCCCGUACCGCAGUCGUCGCCUUGGAGUACAAUUGCGUCUUCGUAG